AUGAGGGCUUCUACAGCCAGCAUAUUGGCUUCCCUGGCUACCGUUGCCACAGCCAAAGACGAGGGAACAUUUGCCGUUCUCAGAUUCAACGGAAAGUUCCUCACAGAAGGUCAGGUAGACCCAAUCGUUAGCCCUGGCACGGCUUCGACCCAUCUACACGGCAUCAUGGGAGGAAGCAACUUUGGUACCACAAUCCAAGGCGACCAGCUUCUCGAUUCCGAGUGCACCAACGCCAAGAUCAAGAAUGACAAGAGCAACUACUGGAUCCCCGAGGUUUUCUUCCAGGAUUCCAACAACGGCAGCUUCACCAAGGUGCCAAUGAUGUACAUGAAUGUCUACUAUUUCUUCGAGGCUACGGACGAUAAGAUCGAGGCAUUCCCCCCAGGGCUGAAGAUAGUCAGUGGUGAUGCUAUGACGCGGGAUCCGCCUGCUUUCGGAGGCGGCCAAAACCUUGACCCGGAUGCUGGUCCCAUUCAGCCAAUUCAGUGGAUCUGCCCUCGGAAGCAGUACGAGCCACCAUCGUAUCCAGUUGGGUCUGAUGGCUCUACAGCUGGCAUUCAAGAUCCUAAUGACAAGGGUGCUGGUGCCGGCUUCCCGCUUUAUCCUUGCGACCAACUGUAUUCGCCUUUGCGCCAGGAUAUUCACUUUCCCUCUUGCUACAAUCCCGAGGCCGGACUCGAUGACUACAAGAAUAACAUGGCAUACCCGAGCUCCGCCUCCGGUGGGAAGAAAAAUUGCCCUGAUGGAUGGGUUCACGUACCCCAUAUCUUCUUCGAAGUAUACUGGGAGACUACGCAAUUUGACACGUUGUGGGAACCAGAUGGACAAACGCAGCCAUUCGUCUUAUCCAACGGUGAUGCUACUGGCUUCAGUUCCCACGGAGAUUUUGUCUCAGGUUGGGACAAGGAUACUCUGCAAACUAUUAUCGACACCUGCGAUGCCGGCACCCUCGGCAUGGAUACAUGCCCCCAGAUCCCAGGAGGUUUGAGCGAAGAUAUGGAUUGCACCAUCCCGUCUCCCAUUGUGAACACUUUGAGCAUCGCCGGUGUCUUGCAGGCCCUUCCUGGCAACAACCACGUCACUGGCUGGGGUUAUGGUGGUAUGGCCAGCGGAACUGACUCCGACAACACCGACUCCUCAGGAGGUUAUAACGCCUCGGACUUGGGUUCAUCUGCCACCGAACCUUCUGCUACCGGCUACGCCGGCACCUCAACCGCAGACGGCGUGGACCCCACGCCCAGCAGCAGCGCCACUAAGACGUCCAUCAAUGUCGUUGGUGGUGAAAAAGCCGCGGCUACGUCAGUACCCAGUGCUGCAUCUGUCUCUGCACCCACCACUUCACCGAAGCCAACCCCGACCCCGACCACGUUGAUUAGCAAGCCUUCUGGCUAUGGUUAUAGCAUUGCUGAUGGUGCAGCUUCACAGCCUUCGAGCCCUGGCGAGAGCGUUCCAAGCGAUCGCGGUCAUGGCGCCGACUAUACCGUUUGGGAUUACAUUACGGUGACGCGGACUACAACGGAGUGGUCCGUGCCGACAGAUGCGGCCGCUAAGCGUCAUGUUCAUGAUCAUAUGGCUCGCCACCGUCGGAGCGGUCGCUUUGAACGCCGAUAA